GUCCUGAUGCUGAUGCUGCUGCGCCGCAUAUCGGCACAUCGGCGCAGCUCCAAUCCGGGACGAGGACCACAUCCCAGGCCCUGAGGUGGUGUGAAGGUUAUUGAUCCGACCGUCCAGUCGCCAUGGAGCUGCACCUGUUCGCCACGGCCUGUCUCCUCUUUGGAAGGAUAGUGAUAACGCAUCAAACUCACAUGAACUCAGUGUACACGUUUCUGUUCACUCCUCGCGGGCCCCAGAUGUUUCCGUGUCUAACAUACCUGGAGCGAAACGUCAGGGUGGACUGUGAGUUUCCACUGACCUACCAGGCCCCCGGCCCCUACUGUGAGUAUCGGCAGGACAGCCGCCUGGUGGGCAGCACCUUCCCCAACGCCGUCAUCUACGUGUCCACAGAGGACCGCAGGAGGAGCAACGUCAGCCUGGUCACUCCGAAUCUGUGCCGUCUCACCUGGGCCCCGCUGGCUGAUGAGAAGCCUUUCACCUACACCUGCAGGGUCUACCAGGGCAGCGGCUGGAAGGAGAACAGCAUGGCGGUCCAUCACAGGAUUCUUCCAAUCUGCUCUGCAAUCAGUGUGAUGUUCAAAUCAGCGCCGUGGUUUCUAUCUCUGGUCAUGUCCCUCCCCAUGGCUGUGGGUCUCCUGAGUCCGUGAACUCCCACUGUCACACGAUACCGACUCAAUGGACCGUUCACAUGAUCUGUGACUCACUGUGGUUUGAUGGUUGGUGGUUGACUAUGUGUGGGAGGAUUUUAUUUUGUAUUAUUUUAUUUAUUUAGGUAGAGUGUCGAAGCCUUGAAACCCCCUCGAAAUAAAUCAGACUGGAUGAAAUCAACCUUCCAUUGAGCAUUGGGCUAUUCUUUAAAAAACUACCUUUUGUGAUGUGAAAGAUUUUAUAUAACACGUCAAAAUAAUUUUCACCACGGUACCUUGAACACCAUUUUUUCACUAUGCUUUCAAAAUGGUGAAUAAAUCAUGACCAUAUAAAUUGAAAGACAUUAAAAACGAAUGCAACAGUGAACAGUGUUCAUUUGCUAUUACGAUGGCACGUCUGUCGUGUUGAUCGGUUCUCCCUUUGUAAAUAAGAUGAAUUGGGACUUAUUCAUUAAAACAAUCAUCAAAGUCGUUAAUGGCAGAAUAAAUAUACAUUUCGUUUUUUGUAUAUAAAAAAAAGGAAAAACAGAUGCUUCCUAUAGAUUUAUAUUGCAUCAUAUAUUAAGGCUCUGGACACAAAUGGGUUUGAUUACACUGGCAUUAAAAGUGGAGACCUUCCCUCAAACACUAAAGGAACAGAGAGCGUUUUGAUUGGAUUCAUUAAGAUACCGACUCAUGAAAGAUUGUCGGUCAGUUCACCCACUUAAAAAACUGAGUGGUUUGCUGCAGCUCUAUAUAUAAACUAUGUAACCCAGACAGGUAUUCAGGUGGCUGAUGUGGCUAUUGAGUAAAAGUAAUGGAUACCUGCCCUAACACUGCCUUUCCUGCUAGCGAUGCUAAUCUCUGAUAUCUUCAGUACCUUUAAGUAAGGCAUCUGUAUACUGGACCCACCUUGAGGGCGGGGUUUCACCUUGUCACAGCCUCUUGUCUACUCCCCCUGGAUAGCAAUAAGGCCAAUACCUGAUUGAGAAGACCUUCGGGAAAAAGACUCCAAUGUCCGCUCUCCAUGUUUCAGUCAGUGCGUUGAUGCUAAUCUGCCAUGCACCCUCAUAAGACAUGCAGGUGUGUGACAGUUUUAACUGCUAGUUUGCACAUUGUGUUUAAUGCUGUGGACGAUGCAGAGGUGUGCACGUCUUGUACUUAUAGUGAUACUGCGGCUGAAUGACAAUGUCGUCUCUUAUGCAGCUCAAGUAAUAACUGGUUGACAGUCAUCGUUCUCCUACGUCUGCAUGUUUUAAUGUACACAGAAUAUGUGUAUAGUACGACAGAAUAUUGAAGCUUCAUGUCCCUUUUCAAAGCUGCUUCCAUUUUAAAAUGUUAUGUUUACAGGGCACACACACACACACAAUCAGGGCCUUUGUGGGCUCUCUUUAUGCUGCCAAUUUAAUUUGAAGGCUAUUUUAUCUUUUAUCUCGAUAUCACACUUAACAAUAAUUGUAUCCGCACUGCCUGCCUUUCUGGUUUAUGCUACCGUUCUUUUUCGAUUUUCUGUAUUAUUUGCCAAGUAGUCCCUGCAAUAAAGAUGUCUUUAUAUUUUUUCAAAUAGAUAAGUCAGCUUGCUUUGUUUAUUUUAUUCUACCACCCAA